AUGUCUCUUUUCCACAACGUUGAGUUGCUCGCUGGUGUUGUUCGCCAUAGCGACUUAUCAAGUUCAUGGAGUUGGAGUAGAUUUAUUACAAAUUUGAACAAAAUGGACGAAAAGGAUAAGGCGACUGAAGAGACCGAGUGGUCUAAGGACACGAGUGCAAAUAAAGGGGAAUUUCUCGACGAUGGUCGAAUGUGGCCAUAUGUGGUACCGGUGGAUGCUUUUGGCGAGCAUAUAUUCGGAGAGUACACGGAAAAGUUGAGAGAUGGAGUUGUGGUGGAGUACUUGAUGAGGGAAUACGAUGAUCUCAUGGAAAAUAAUGUGAAGUGUAUGUGGUUAGCGAAGAUUGUCAAGAUUGCCGGAUAUCGCCUAUUGCUGCGAUGGGUUGGUGCCGAUGAAGAAGGAGAUGAUCGAUACGACUUUUGGGUGAACAUCGGAAGCCGCAUUCUGCACUCAGUUGGAUACGGAGGAUCAAUGCAGACAAGUAAGCUGACGUAUACCUACAUGCCUCCAAAAUUCAUUGCCGAUCGUUGGACUGCUGACGGCGAAGAUGCUGUUGCCAAGCAUAUUCAGUCCACCAUGAUGCCCUUGCAACAUGUUCGUACUCUGCGAAAGCAGUUUGAACAAGACCGAAAGCGUAUAAUCGCUGAGCCGGUUUUCAAGGUAAACGACAGAGUAGAAUUGUUAGAUUACAACAAUUCCACUCGUGUGAGACCAGCCCGGAUUAAAAAGGUAGUAGGGCGUCGAAUUUGCGUGCAUGUGAGAGAAGACGACUUCGACGGUGAAGUAGAUGAAGAUGAUCGUCAGUUCGGCGAUGACUCAGAGUUUUGGGUGGAUCAGUCGAGCUUCUAUCUCUUUCACGUUGGCUGGGCUUGCUAUAACAACUAUGGACUCGGUUCGUCAAAGGAAUACAGGCGGCAUGCUCAAAAAAUCGCUGAUGCUUUGGCAAAUGGUGAAGACCCUCCUUAUGCGCCGUGCGAUGUGAGUCCGCAAAAAAUUCGCUCGUGGAAUGUCGACAAGGAUGCCCCGUUUGAGUGGAAGAAAGGGUUGCGUUUCGAGCUCAUGGAUCCCUUAGCGCAAAUGUUUAACGAGUUGCGAGUUGCCAGUAUUUUAGAGGUGUUAAAGGGUGGAUAUCUUCGAGUUGGCAUGGAUGGACCUGAUAUGGAGUCUGAAUGCAUACCGCUUCAUUGUACUAGCUCGUUCAUGUUCCCCGUUGGUUAUGCACAGAAGUAUGGAAUCAAACUUGGUGGACCCAACGACACAGAAGAUUUCGACUGGGAUGAUUACCUACAGCAAGCUGGAGCCGAAGCUGCUCCUGAAGCAUUGUUCCGGCCGGUUCCAGAUAAAAGCUAUAUGGAUCACUUCCAGAUCGGUGCUAAACUAGAAGCUUCUGACAUGUGUGAAAAUCACUUGGUUUGUCCAGCGACAGUAGCAGCACAUAAGGGAAGGUUGCUUCAGAUACAUUUUGAUGGUUGGGAGGACUCUUAUGACCAACUGUUUGAUGUACACUCGAGCGACAUUUUCCCACUCGGUUGGUGCGAGAUGCAUGGGUACAAGCUCGAACCACCAAAAGCUGAGGAAGAACAGCCAGCGAAGAAAAAGAAGAAGAAAUAA